AUGACUUAUACAACUUUGAUUGUAGUAAUAGUAUCAGCAAUGCUUAACAUUUGUAUCUGCUACCCUCUGAGUCAGUUCUAUAGUUAUGGUUUAGCGGCCGGAGACAGCGAAUUGCCAGCUAAUGACGACAACUACACUUCUAGUAUUCCAAUAAGUGUGUCUUUUCCUUUCUUUGGUUCCUCAUACACCUCAAUUUACGUGAAUAACAAUGGCGACGUUACAUUUGAGACUCCAUUAAGGCAGUAUACCUCACAACCCUUCCCAAUAAAUGGCUCUCAUAGAAUCAUAGCACCAUUCUGGACUGAUAUAGAUACAAGAUACGGGGGUAAAUUGUGGUAUCGCACAACAACAGACAGAACUAUAUUGCAAAGAGGAACGAAUAAAAUUAACACUCUCUUUCCUGAUAUUGUACCUUUCAAUGCCACGUGGAUGAUGGUAAUUACAUGGAAGGAUGUAGCUGCAUAUCGUUGUUCCACCAGUGGAACAAUAAGCUGUCAACAGGUGGGGUUUAACGCUGGUGAUGGAGAACAUUAUUAUUCAGUGAAUGGUUCAAGGACAGACGCAGUAUUAAAUCUUCCUCAAAUGUCUAAUAUUAAUAUUUCUGGACAGUUUGUGUUUAGAGUGGAUCAAGCAAAAAUAACCAAUGCAGAUACCGUUGACGAAUGUGCCAGUUCUCCCUGUGUUCACGGAAACUGUUCCAUUGAAUACCUUCACUAUGAAUGUAUCUGUGAUCCUGGAUACACGGGUGUAAACUGUGAAAAUGAAAUUGAUGAGUGCCAAAGUUCGCCAUGCAUCCAUGGAAAUUGCUCUGACCACCUAAAUCAUUAUACCUGUCAAUGUCAGGAUGGAUUUACAGGAACAAACUGCCAGACAGAUAUGGUGGACGAAUGUGUCAGCUCUCCCUGUGUUCACGGAAACUGUUCAAAUGAAUACCUUCAUUAUGAAUGUUUCUGUUUUGGUGGAUACACAGGCGUUAACUGUGAAACUGAAAUUGAUGAGUGCCAAAGUUCGCCAUGUAUCCAUGGAAAUUGCUCUGACCACCUAAAUCAUUAUACCUGUCAAUGUCAGGAUGGAUUUACAGGAACAAACUGCCAGGCAGAUAUUAACGAGUGUGCUAGUUUUCCUUGUGUUCAUGGUAACUGUACGGAUCGUAUCAAUGGAUACACGUGUAAUUGUACGCCGGGGUAUUCUGGAACCCAUUGUGAAGAAGAUAUCAAUGAAUGCCAAAGCUCACCUUGUGUUCAUGGAAACUGCUCUGACCUUAUUAAUCACUACACAUGUCAGUGUUAUGCGGGAUAUACCGGAACCAAUUGUGAGAUAGAUAUUGAUGAAUGUGCCAGUUCUCCCUGUAUACACGGUAACUGUACUGAUCAAGUCAAUGGAUACACCUGUCAGUGUAUACCUGGAUAUACUGGAGUCCAGUGUGAAACAGAAAUUGAUGAGUGUUCAUGUUCACCAUGUAUGCACGGAUCAUGCAUCGAUGAAAUUAAUAAUUAUAUUUGUGUCUGUGAUACAGCAUAUUAUGGGAGAGAUUGUUCACAAUUUAACGUCUCUUACCUGAUACCAUUAUUGAUAGGAUUACUGCUGUUGGUAUUAGCUCUAGUUUUAUUAUUUCUAUGGAAAAGAAUGAAAAGAGACAGCGAAAGUGAGACGUUUGGAGUCAUUUACUUUAGUGAUACACCUUUAGGACCUAGUAAGACAUCGUUUGGAAAACAGACACAAAAUUCCUCUACUUUUCCUACAUUCAUGGGAUAUUUAAAUCUGUUAUGGCGAAGAAUCACAGAAUUGACUAAAUCAAGUGGAAAAAUAAAUGCAAUUUCGAGCAAUACCCCGGAAAACAUACAACGUAUGAAAGAUAGUUCUGCAUUUCAGACAAGCAAAAUUCAUCAGAAACGUGUAGAUAUGCCUAAGAUUUUAAGUGUAUGUGAAAUAGACGAGAUAAAACAAUAUAUCCUGAACAAGCCCAAACUGAUUUCAAUGAAAUUUGGAAUCGUACGUAUAUUUUUUAUGAUAAAUGCCAUUUGUCAAUUUGUUAAUUGUUACCCACUUAAUCAGUUUUAUCCGUUUGGUUUGGCUGCCGGUGACCGUGAACUACCGUCAACUGAUGAUGGUUAUACAUCAAACAUUACAACAUCCGUACCAUUUCCUUUCUUUGGAUCGUCUUUUUGUUCUUUAUUUGUGAACAAUAACGGUGACGUCACAUUCCAAACUCCAUUAAGUCAAUAUUCCUCCGAACCCUUCCCAAUUAAUGGCUCUCACAGAAUUAUUGCACCAUUUUGGUGUGACAUUGACACAAGCAAAGGAGGUCACCUGUGGUAUCGUACAACAUCGGAUUCAGCAACAUUACAACAAGGGACGAAUAAAGUUCGCUCUCUGUUCCCAGACCUCGCGACUUUUUCUGCGUCUUGGAUGCUGGUAGCUACAUGGGAGGAUGUAUCAUCUUACAGAUGCGAUGCUUCUGGUCCAAUUUACUGUAACCAGGGAAAUACAUUUCAACUUCUUCUCAUCACUGACGGGGUUCAUUCUUUUGCUGUUUUUAACUACAAUAAAAUAAAUUGGAGCGUCUCGGCACAGGUCGGAUUUAAUGCUGGAGAUGGCACAAACUUUUACUCCGUAACUGGAUCAAGAACAGACGCUGUCUUAAAUCUUCCUCAAAUGUCAAACAUUGGUAUCCCAGGAGAGUAUGUAUUUAGGGUGGACCAAAAUAAGAUUUCUAAUGCAGACACUGUUGACGAAUGUGCCAGUUCUCCCUGUGUUCAUGGAAAUUGUUCAAAUGAAUACCUGUAUUAUGAAUGUUUCUGUGACCCUGGAUACUCAGGCGUCAACUGUGAAAAUGAUACUGACGAAUGCCAAAGCUCUCCAUGUAUCCAUGGAAACUGUUCCGACCACCUUAAUCAUUUUACAUGUCACUGUCAGGAUGGAUAUACAGGACGUAUUUGUGAAACUGACAUAGACGAGUGUUCGAGUUCUCCAUGUAUAUUUGGCACAUGCACGGACCAUGUCAAUAGCUAUGUAUGUGAUUGUUUGUCUGGGUAUUCUGGAAAGAAUUGUGAAACUGAUGUAGACGAAUGUCAAAGUUCACCAUGUACCAAUGGUAACUGUUCAGACCAUGUAAACAGAUACACUUGUCAAUGUUAUGCAGGAUAUGCAGGAAUAAAUUGUGAAAUAGAUAUUAACGAAUGCACCAGUUCUCCCUGUAUUCACGGUAACUGUACUGAUCAAGUUAAUGGAUACAUCUGUCAAUGUAUACGUGGAUAUACUGGAGUCAUUUGUGAAACAGAUAUUGAUGAAUGCACGAGUUCUCCUUGCGAGCACGGUGCCUGUACAGAUGGACUUAAUAGCUAUAUAUGUGACUGUGACACAGGCUACUAUGGAAGACAGUGCUCUAACUGUAAAAUCUAUUUGUCACCAUUUCUGAUUGGUCUUUCAUUGUGGUUUCUCGCAUUGCUUGCUUUGCUGAUAAUAAAAAGGUUUAAGAGGUGA